GCCCGUGUUCCUGUAUCUGCAGCACUAAGCGCCGCUCGCACCUCGACCGCUACUGACUGCUAUUUUCCGUUACCGGUAUUAUUUUAACCAUUUACUCGUUGUACACGACACGUGGCAUGGUGACUCGAGGUAGGAAAUAAAUAAUCAUCGAGUUAACAUGACGAGUUGACUGUAUGUUGAGUCUAGAAUAGAAUAUUUUUCCGUUCCGUAGAUUCCAUGACCAGUUUAUACUUUAUGUAGUGUUUAUGUAUGGUCUAUGAGCGCGUUAUAAAGUGACUUAUCCUGGAAAAAAAAAAAUGACUUGUGAGCAAGUACCAGGAGCGUCGUGUGUGGUUUUAUUUCAAGCGCUCCACAACCUUGGCGUUUCAUUUCCAAACAGAAAGUGAAAGUUGUUUUAUUUUUUGCCCCUUGCGAAAACAGCGACACACGCACGCACGCGCGCACACACACACACACACACACACACACACAAUGACAUCUGUGUAGUUCUUAAAAUGUGUAGAAAGCUCUGGCAGGAUAUUCAGCUCUGGCGAUCUGGACUCACUGGAUAUGCGCGCAUCCACACUCACCUUCAUCUUCAUCAUAUUUGAAUACUCCAUCAUCACCGGAGGAGAUGGAAAUUGUGGGGAUCCUCCAGAGAUUGAAAAUGCAAAGAAAGCAUACAAUGUCACUUCCAAGUUCCGCAUGAACUGUAGUGAAGGAUACCUGAGAGAAGCUGGAACUUCCAACCUUUUUAAAUGUGAAAAUAACAAAUGGAAGAACAGUCCAAGUCUAAAAUGCAUACGUUCACCGUUCAGUCCAACACAGAUGACAACUGACAUGAAUUAUGAAACAGUUCAAAGUACUUCCACAGUAAAAGGGAAAGUUGUCUUCACAACAACAAACAAAGCUUCCACAACAUCACGGACAUCCCCCCAUACCUCUCAGAGGACCACAACAAUGGAGGAGACAUCUGUGACCACAUCCAUUACGGCUAGAAUUACAGCUCCAUCCACGACAGAGAAAGAAAAACUGCAUGAUAUGUGCACCACUAGCAGCCACAUUACCACAUCCACUGAGCAAGAGCCAACCAAAGACAAACAAGAAUUUAUUUCUACAGUCGCUGGAGGGAUCAUAGUGAUUGUAAUUCUUGGUGUGGCAGCAGCAGUAGCAAUCCUUUUAUUGCGUCGACGGUCAAGGCCACGUAGAGCUGGUGGCAAUCCUGUAGAUAUGACGGUCCUGGCACAAGGCUCAGAUCAGCCUUUAAUAAACCCCACCAUGAUCAGCUGUCCUCCAGAUUCAAGCCAAUCUCCAAUCACUAUUUUUAAAGUUUCUUCUGAGAGCAUGAAUACAGAUUCUCCUCUUUCUGCUUAAAAUGUUGAAUGGAAGUUGAAUGGAACAUAACUCAUAUCUGGACAAUGGCAUUAUUCAUUAUAUAUUCAUUCAUUAUAUUCAUCAUAUAUCAAAAUGGCAUGCUUGCAAUAAACAUAAUUAAAUAAUAAUUAAUUAUUGUAUGUCUUUCAUAUUCAUGACACAUUGUUGAUAUUUUAUGGCGCUUUAUGUACGGAUCAUGUGUUUUAUUUAUUUAAAAUAAAAUAUUAACAGAUACAUGUAGCUUUUUUUUACUGAUUAAACUGUCAAUAAUGAAAAUGUUGAUUUUUAUUCCAUCAUUUUAUGUGUCCAAUCCCAAAUGUCUGGUACACUGGCCACUGUGUUAUAUUUUAUGUGUUGUGACCCUACUAAAUAUAAAUAUAUAAUAAGUGUGUUGUGGCUUUUUUUUUUCUUAUAAGUGAAUUUCUAUGUAUCGUGUGGGACUCAUUCUAAGACUAUUCUUGUACUUAACCACAUAAAUAAAUCAUUAGAUCAUGCAACGGA